AUGGACAAGAUUAGCAUCUUACUGGGGUCUCAGGAUUUCUGGAAGACAGGAGUAGCUGAGGAAAGAAAGUUUGUUUCCCUUUUGAGUCUGGUUUUGUUUGUUAAAUUUUUGGAGGUGGAAUCUGGAGAAAGAAAGAGCAUCAAUUCAGAGUUGUGGCAUGCUUGUGCCGGGCCACUGGUUUCCUUGCCUCCACUUGGAAGCCUCGUAGUUUACUUUCCUCAAGGCCACAGUGAGCAGGUUGCAGCAUCAAUGCAAAAGGAGACUGAUUUCAUACCGAGCUACCCCAACCUUCCUUCCAAGUUGAUUUGCAUGCUUCAUAAUGUCACGUUGCAUGCUGAUGUGGAAACUGAUGAGGUCUAUGCACAGAUGACCCUUCAACCAGUAAGCAAAUAUGACAAGGAAGCACUGCUGGCAUCUGACAUGGGGCUAAAGCAAAACAGGCAACCUACUGAGUUCUUCUGCAAAACUCUUACAGCUAGUGACACAAGUACUCAUGGUGGAUUUUCUGUACCUCGUCGAGCAGCUGAGAAGAUUUUCCCUCCUCUAGACUUUUCAAUGCAACCACCUGCUCAGGAGCUGAUGGCCAGAGAUUUACAUGACAAUACAUGGACGUUUAGACAUAUUUAUCGAGGGCAACCAAAAAGGCACCUGCUCACUACAGGUUGGAGUGUCUUUGUCAGCACAAAAAGACUUUUCGCUGGUGAUUCCGUUCUAUUCAUAAGAGAUGAAAAAUCGCAGCUUCUAUUGGGUAUAAGGCGUGCCAAUAGACAACAACCAGCUCUCUCUUCAUCAGUCAUAUCCAGUGAUAGUAUGCACAUUGGAAUUCUUGCUGCUGCAGCUCAUGCUGCUGCAAACAACAGCCCAUUUACUAUAUUUUACAAUCCAAGGGCAAGCCCUUCUGAGUUUGUGAUUCCCUUCUCCAAGUAUAAUAAAGCCAUGUAUACGCAAGUGUCACUUGGCAUGAGAUUUAGAAUGAUGUUUGAGACUGAAGAGUCAGGAGUGCGUAGAUACAUGGGUACAAUCACUGGCAUCAGUGAUAUGGAUCCAGUGCGCUGGAAAAAUUCGCAGUGGCGCAAUCUUCAGGUCGGGUGGGAUGAAUCAACUGCUGGUGAACGACCAAGCAGAGUUGCGAUUUGGGAGAUUGAGCCGGUUGUAACUCCUUUCUACAUAUGCCCACCUCCAUUUUUCAGACCAAAGUUCCCUAAGCAGCCAGGGAUGCCAGAUGACGAGUCUGAUAUAGAGAAUGCUUUUAAAAGAGCCAUGCCUUGGCUUGGAGAUGAAUUUGGCAUGAAGGAUGCCCCAAGCUCAGUCUUUCCUGGUUUGAGCUUAGUUCAAUGGAUGAGCAUGCAGCAAAAUAAUCAGUUUCCAGCUGCUCAAUCAGGAUUCUUCCCAUCAAUGGUUCCUUCCAAUGCCAUGAAUAAUAACCUUAGCGCUGAUGAUCCAUCAAAGUUACUGAAUUUUCAAGCCCCUGGCCUAUCUGCUCCAAGUAUCCAAUUUAACAAAACAAAUCCACAAAACCAAGUCAGUCAGUUGCCUCAACUACCAACAGCAUGGACUCAGCAACAGCAGCUGCAACAAUUAUUGCAGACUCCUAUUAACCAACAGCAGCCACCUUAUCCCCAACAGCAACCACAACAGCAGCAACAGCAACAGCAACAGCAACAGCAUCAACAGCAACAGCAGCAGCAUCGGCCACAGGCACAUCAACAGCAGCAGCAGCAGCAGAUUUUCCAACCACCUACUCUAAAUGACAGUGUGGUUUCCCCGAACCAGAUUCCAAAUCAGAAUUUGCAGCAACCAGUUGUAUACUCUCAGCUUCAGCAGCAGCAGCAGUUACUGGCAAGCAAUUCCCAAUCCCAAAGCAUCCCUUCUGCUAAUAAAAGUUCAUAUCCGCUGACCUCUUUACCACAAGACUCGCAGUUUCAUCAACAAAUGGAGCAGCAAUCUAACCUUUUACAGAGACAACAGCAACAGACUCAAUUGCAACAGUCCCCACUGCUAUUGUUACAGCAAAACCUAUCACAGAGGGCACAGACACAGCCACAGCAACAAAUGCAACAGCUAUCGCAGCACGGCCACUCUGAGCAACAGCUUCACUUACAGUUGCUACAGAAAGUGCAGCAACAGCAGCAGCUCUCCCCUGCAAGCUCACUUCUGCAGUCUCAGCAGCUGCAGCAACAACAACAGCAGCAGACUCAUCAGCUAAACCAGCAACUUCAGCAGUCGCCUCUGUCACAGAAUCAGCAGCCACCUGGCAGCAAUAGCUUUUCAACAGCCGCACUAAUGCGAACACAAUCGUUUCCUAUAAACCAGCGCCAUGGCAUGCAGAAACCACAUAUGGCAGUUGGAGCCCAUUCAAGUAUUACAGAUGUAGAAGCGCCAUCUUGUUCUACCUCACCUUCCACUAAUAAUUGCCAGAUUUCUCCACCAAAUUUCCAGAACAGGAACCAACAAGCUCCAGCCAUGCUGCUGGGUGAUUCAGCUAUUGAGCCUGCAAGUAAUCUUGUUCAAGAUCUCCAAAGCAAGUCUGAAAUUCAUGUCAAGAAUGAGUUUCCCAGCUCAAAAGGUCUAGACCAACUAAAAUAUAAAGGUGCUGUGACUGAUCAAUUGGAAGCUUCCUCUUCUGGAACAUCGUAUUGCCUAGAUGCUGGUACCAUCCAGCAGAAUUUCUCGGUCCCAACCUUUGGCUUGGAUGGUGAUGUCCAAUCACAUCCUCGAAACAGUCUUCCUUUUGCAUCUAACAUUGAUGCUUUGGCACCCGAUACUCUAUUGUCGAGGGGAUAUGACUCUCAAAAGGAUCUUCAGAACUUGCUUGCUAAUUAUGGUGGUACUACCCGAGAUAUUGAGACAGAGUUGUCCACUGCUGCAAUUAGCUCUCAGUCAUUUGGUGUGCCAAACAUACCUUUCAAGCCUGGUUGUUCAAAUGACGUUGCCAUCAAUGAUACUGGGGUUUUGAACAAUGGAUUGUGGACCAACCAGACUCAACGAAUGCGUACAUAUACAAAGGUCCAAAAGCGUGGCUCAGUUGGAAGAUCUAUUGACGUCACCCGUUAUAAAGGUUAUGACGAGCUUAGACAUGCUUUGGCCCGAAUGUUUGGCAUUGAAGGGCAACUAGAAGAUCCACAAAGUUCAGACUGGAAACUGGUUUACGUUGAUCAUGAAAAUGACAUAUUACUUGUUGGUGACGAUCCUUGGGAGGAGUUUGUAAGCUGUGUUCAGAGCAUAAAGAUACUGUCAUCUGCUGAAGUGCAACAGAUGAGCUUGGAUGGAGAUCUUGGUAACGUGCCUGUUCCCAAUCAAGCUUCUAGUGGCACUGAUAGUGGGAAUGUCUGGAGAGGACAAUAUGUUGCUAGGUGCUUGAGCUCUGGGUUGUCCAACAACAAUCCCUCAAAUACUGGCACCUUUGUUCCAACUUUUGCUGGUAGUAUUCCACGUACCACCAGUAGUACUGCCGAUUACUGCCAGGAGAGGGGACAGAAGGCAAAGGAUCCAAUAAGCGUCUUGCCAAUCUACUGCCCAUUUAAAACAUUCUCUUGUAAAUGCUAUGACGAUUAA